AGGGAGAUCCUCGAGCGUACCCAGAGUCCCACUCGAAGCUCUGGCUUUUACCUUCCAUUUUAUAAACACCUGAGCAAAGAAGGGUAACUACCAGUUCUUGACUUCUUCACGAUCCAGCUUCCAACCAGACGGAGUUCUCGAGUUCAAAUUUCGAUACCAUGACAUUGCAAGACGACCUCGCAGCCAAUCCGCCAUGCCAUCCACGCGCGUGCGCGAUACAAAAUUGCCUAACCAGAAACGGAUUUGAUGAGAGCAAAUGCCAGAAACAGAUAGACGCACUCUACGAGUGUUGCAACGCGUUUUACGAAAAGAACGGCGAAAGCGCGUCAACAGUUAGCUGCCCCAAAGCGAGCCUGCUACGGCUCAAGAUGGAACAGAGAAAGAAGGCUACAUGAAGGAAAACAAGAGGAGUCGAAAUGUAUCACUUGUCCAGAUAUGUCCACCUAAACGCCCGUGAAGGUGUUAGGUAACUUAAACGGAAAGUGCGGUAUUCCUCUGGGCGAUCCUUGAGCACGCGAGAGACCUCAUGGGCCUGAACAAGAAAUGAUGGUCUUGUUCCGAGACUCUAAUAGGAAUGCCGUGGACAUUGUAAGGAAAAAAAAAAAAAGAAGAAGAAAAUACCAAAGAAGUUUUUGGGGUCCGUCGCUUUUUGUAUCAAUUUCUCACACAGGUGGAGGGGCUUGAAAUUUGGGUGGGGUUCAUAGGUCUUCGCCCAGGGACCCAUAUUCUGCCGGCCGCAGAUCCCAGUCCGGCUUUUUGAGCCGCAUAGAACGCGUCGUGCGGACGGCAAGCGAGUUGCUAGCGGCAGCUGGAGCUUCGACGUGUGAUUGG